GGAGUCGCGCAAAAAUCUUCGACCCCGUUGCGGCUCAUAGUCACUUCUCUCGUUGAAAGGCAAAAAGGGAGAAAGAAGGACGUAUCUCGACGAUCGUGCAUCUUCGAGGAUCUUCUUCUUCUCCUCUUCGAGGAACUUAUUAUUCCGAAACGAAGUUUUCGAGAGAAGUGGGUCGCGUACAGAUCUCGCCCACGCUUUGAUCCCAACUUAUCGCGGUCGGUCCAGGAAUCUGUCAGUGGCGUAUCGCGCACGUCCUCGGGAGGAUUGUCGCGCUCGUCCCACGGGUGACGAGUCGUCAGUUAACGCGACGAGCGAAUGCGAGAACGUCUUUGAAGAUUGGAGUGAAAGCAGGAUUUACCUCCUUUCCCAAAAAAAGAGGACUCGCUAAGCAAAAGAUGCCUGGCGCCGGUGGUCAGCCACCGCAGAGGACCAUCUUCCGACCACCCUGGGUCAAGGAUGGUCCCAACCCGUUGCCCAUGCCCACCGCACCCUGGACCCUCAACUCCCGCAGGGACUCCAAGCCUAAGACCGAGGAACUUCCGGCCUUCACUCAAGUUACGUUGAAGAGUGUGCCGAAACCUGCAGAACCAGCAGCGCCUUCGACAGAUGGACAAUCGCGUAAGCAGAGCAAAAUCACGAUAAUACCGAAACAGCCGAACAAUGAAAAGAUUCCGAGCAGUCGACCGGUGCCGACGAAGUUGCGCGAGAAUGGACGACAGGAGCCAAAUUCGAGGCCGCAGCUCGAACGACAGAUACGCAUCGAGAGAUCUCGAUCACGGGGUGACAUUAUACCACUCUCGAAAAGUGAGAGUACCACAGGCGCGCCAACCUUAUCAAAGAGCUCGUCGCGAGCGAACGUUCCGCCACCGCCACCUCCGCGACCGCCUCCACCACCGCCUAGCAGGACGGUUCUCAAAGAUCUUCCUCCGCUCAACGAGACACAAAUGCAGACGCUGGAGGCACUGAAAUCCAGGCCGAGAAAACGGCCGGACUGGGCUAGCAUGAUGAAAGAAGUCGAGAAUGGCAAACCGCUCAGACACGUCAAAUGCAACGAUCGGAGCGCGCCCCUGAUUGAGAGGGUGAACAAGGUCACGGCUGAUCCAGCAGGCAAGGCUCACUUCGUAUUCGAAUCUGAAAAGUCGAAUAUACACAAUCAACUGCUGAAGCAGAUCCAGCAGGGCGUGAAACUCAAGAUUGUGAAGACCAACGAUCGCUCGAAACCAAUGCUGCAGGGCCUGAGAAAAUUCCGACGACAAUUAACUAUAGAGGAGCAAAUACAGAAAGCCGAGGAAGCACCUGUAGAUGCCGAGAUUCAGGACGAGAUGGACGAUAUAGACGCCGUCAGAGAUGAUUUGCAAAGCACCAAACAGAUGCUCGCGCUGGAACUGAGAAACAAAGAGGCCUUGGAACGAGAUAACAAGCGAUUGCAGGCGAGAAUUUUGAAUCUUGAGGCAGAAGUGGAACAUAUGAAGCUUCAAAAGAAUGCCCAGGAAAGUAAGCAGCAGGACGAGAAACUCGCGGAGUCCUUAAGGCAGGAAGUGCAACAAGCGAGGAAGGAUGCAGAAAAGACCGAAAAAGAAUACACUAGCGCUGCCGAGGAAAGAGAUAAGGCUAGAAAUGAGUUGGAAGAAAUGAAAAGAAUGUAUGCGGCGUUGGAAAAGCGCAUGAAAGCUGGAAUGGCACUGGCUGGUUGUCCAAGCGCAAAGGACGUAGCUAAAAUUGCAACGCAGAAGAGUAUAGACAAACAGGAUGUUCAUAGCACGAGCGAGGAGGAAGAGGAAAGUACAGAGGAAGAAGAGGAAGACGAGAAUCCCAAAGCUGCGGCAGAGAAACGCGCUCAGAGAGAAAUCAAACUACUUAUUUCGAAAAUUAAGAAUUUUAAGGACAAAGCUGUAAACGCCAGGAAAGAAAGGCACGCGCUGAAGGAGCAAAUAAAACAGCAGCAGAAAUUAUUGAAGGAAGAGAGAAACAAAUAUAAGGACUUGCAAAAGCAAGUGGAUAAUAUGGCGAAACUGAUGGGGGAAAUUGACGAGGAAGAAGAAGAAGAAGAGGAUGAAGAUGAAGAAGAUACUGAGGAAUCUGAGGAAGAGUCGGAAUCUGAGGAAUCGGAGGAAGAGGAGUCCGAGUCUGACGAUGAAGAGGCGCCUAUUGACAAGCGUAAAAAUAAUCUGCAAAAACACGUUAAAAAGCACGAGGGACGACUGGCGGCUUUGAAAAAAGCAAACUACCUGCUUAAGGUGCAAGUAGAUAGAAUUAAGGACGAUCUAGGGAAGCAGCGAGAGGAUAGUAUUCGCCUGCAAGAGGAUCUUGAUUCUGUCUUAGCAGAUCUAGGUUGAACUAAUCGCGUGAGCGGAGAAUAUUUUCCACAAAUGCAGAGAUUGUAUACACACUUUAUAUAAAUAUCACGUAUUGAAAUAUAGAUAAUUGUACGAAAGAGAAAAGAUAAUUACAUACAUACACACACACA